CCAGAGAGACAGCGCUGCUGCCCCGGGACCCCGGGAGGGACAGGUGGGCCGAGGAUGCGAGGGUCACGGCGAGCCACGCAGCUUCCCCUGGUGGUGCCCAGGGCCAGCAGGGGCCACAAGAGGCGAGCGUCGCCGAAGCGCAGCCGGAGCCAGUGCCGUGGGCCCCCGUGUGGAGACCCAGCCUGCGGGCGCCGCCAACCCCGGAGCUGCAGAGGACAGAGCCGAGGCCCCGAAGGCCGCAAGCCCCGCCUCAGGAGCCGGCAGCGCGCCCCUCUCCCCAGGCCGGCGUCUGGGCGCCAUGGCGCCGAGGCCCCUGGACCCCGGCCUGUACGCAGCCGCGGAGCAGAACGACUACAUGCAAUCCAUGACCAGCCUGCUGGGCGGAGGCGAGGGCGCCAUCGGGCCGCUGGCCGACAUCCUGGCGUGGCCCGAGGCCACCCUGGGUGUGGGGAUGGCCCUGGGCCUGCUGGCCACCGGCCACAGCUCCCCCAGCGACCUGCUGAGCUGCCCCGGCCCCGGCCUGCGCUCUGUCUCCAGCAUCCUGCGCAACGCCGGCUCCACCUUCUCCUCGGGGCUGGUGGCAGGCACUGGCUCGGCCCUGCGCUCUGUCGCCCAAGCGCUGGCCACCAUGGAGCAGAGGACCGGGGAAGGCAUCCGCGCUGCCCUGCACUGCCUCUCCGGCCACCUCAGCCCGCGCGAGGCCCCAGCUGGGCCCAGCGGUGGAUAGAGCCGCGCAGUGCCCCCGGGGACAGUCGCCUCUCAUCCAACCCUGCCCUGUGGCCUCGCUCACCCUGCCAAGCAAUAAACCACCAGCCACGUUGAUUUUCUAGGCACCAGCCUCCCGGGCGGGCUGGGGAGACUGGGGCUCAUCGUGGGCACUCACCUGGCAGGCAGCACCCUGGGGUCCAUCCCUAGCAUCCACGAAGACGAGAGGGCGGGCUCAGGGCUUCCAGAAACAGGGGUUCCCCAAGGGCUCCUGGGGUUCCCAUUCGAUGGCCACAGAGGAAAGAGGGGCCCACAGGGAGACUGAGCCCUUGCAAACAGGAAGGGGAGUGGGAGAUGGAGGCAAGGGGAGUAAAUCUAAGCUGCGUUAUGGACCCACUCCCCAGGAGGAACGGGACAGUCAGGUACUGCAAAUAUGUAAAAUAAAACAUUUCAAAAUGCAUGCAUGUAU